CAAUUUCUUGUUUUUGUUUUAUUGACUCGAUAGUCCGAACUUGAACUGUCUGCAUCGCAUCAGACAUUAAACCUGUCGCUCACCUUAAACAUGUCUAUUUCAACUCAAAAACAGAGCCUUUUUCAUUUCUUCAACUCUCCCUUUCGUCUCCCCGAUUUUCUCUGAAACCAAAUAAAGCUCCAGAAAAAUCUAAACCCAAAAUCUAACCAAGUACUGGCCAAUGCAGAGAAUUGAAUGGAUCUAAAUUCUUUCACAAGGAGGCGAUUAUCAUUGUCAAAGUACACAGAUCAAGGGUUCUCUCAGCUCUCUCGACUCCGAGUCAGGAGAUUUGGAUCCAGUACGAUGACGCUAACCAAGAUCUUGGCGUCCGGUUUGGUUGCUUUGCCACUCUUAUUCGCUCUAGCAACGGUGCUUCGACAUCCACCGUCCGAUCGGUUCUUCGGGUUCGCUGAAGCUAGAGUUCUCCAAAACGGAGCUCAACCGAAUGUCACGGCAUUCGAAUCAAUUGGGCUUGGACUAGGAUCUGAAAAUGUUCUAUUACAAUUUACAGACAAGCCAAAUGACAAACUGCUUGCUGGACUUCUUGCUGCUGGAUUUGAUGAAGCUGCUUGCACCAGCAGAUACCAGUCCUCUUUUUAUCGCAAGGCUUCGCUGUAUAAGCCUUCUUCUUAUCUGAUUUCCCGGCUCAGAAGCUACGAGGAUCUUCAUAAACGAUGUGGACCAAAUACUGAAUCUUAUAAUAAAGCUAUUGAACAACUCAAGUCUGACAGAAGAAUUGUUUCUGCAAAUGAUUGUAAAUAUAUCGUGUGGAUAUCUUUUAGUGGCUUGGGUAACCGGAUACUAUCCUUGGCUUCUACGUUUCUUUAUGCUCUUCUCACAAAUAGAGUCCUGCUUGUUGACCGAGGUAAGGAUAUGGAUGAUCUUUUCUGUGAGCCAUUUCCUGAGAAUUCAUGGUUACUGCCCAUGGAUUUCCCUGUCGUUGAACAAUUUGGAAGUUUCGAUCAGCAAUCUUCCCAUUGUUAUGGGAACAUGCUCAAGAACAAUGUGAUAAAUGCUACAGAAGAGUCAAUUCGUCCGUAUGUAUACCUUCAUCUAGUUCAUGAUUAUGAUGAUCAUGAUAAGCUUUUCUUUUGUGAUGAAGAUCAAUCUCUUCUUGCAAAAGUUCCCUGGUUGAUUAUGAAAUCAGACAACUACUUUGUCCCAUCACUUUUCUUGAUUACAUCUUUUGAGAAAGAGUUGAGCAAUUUAUUUCCUCAGAAAGGAACCAUUUUCCACCACCUCGGGCGAUACCUUUUCCACCCUUCAAAUCCCGUUUGGGGACUAAUCACAAGGUAUUACAAAAUUUACUUAGCCAAAGCAGAUGAAAGCAUUGGCAUUCAAAUAAGAGUUUUUGAUUCAAGACCUGGUCCUUUCAAACAUGUGAUGGAUCAAAUUUUAGCAUGUACUUUGCAUGAGAAAUUGUUGCCUGAAGUAGAUAUGCAAGACUCUGUUCUCAAUCUUUCCGAUAACCCUAAAUUGAAAGCUGUUUUAGUGACAUCACUAAACUCAGGGUAUUCUGAGAAUCUAAGGAACAUGUACUGGGAAUACCCAACAAGAACUGGGGAAGUUGUUGGUGUUUACCAGCCAAGCCAUGAAGAAUAUCAGCAAACAGAGAAGUACAUACACAACCGGAAGGCAUGGGCAGAAAUGUACCUCCUCAGCUUGACUGAUACAUUGGUUACAAGUUCAUGGUCGACCUUUGGCUAUGUUGCACAAGGUCUUGGAGGUUUGAGACCCUGGAUACUUUACAAGCCUGAAAAUGAGACUGCUCCCGAUCCACCUUGUCGCCGGGCAAUUUCAAUGGAGCCUUGUUUUCAUGCUCCUCCAUACUAUGAUUGCAAAGCUAAGAGAGGAACAGAUACAGGCGCUUUAGUUCCUCAUGUGAGACAUUGUGAGGAUAUGAACUGGGGCUUAAAGGUGGUAGAUGGUCAUGAUGAGUUAUAGUAGCAAUUAUUAUUUUCACUAAUUCACCAAUUUUGCUUGCCAGUAUAGUUGUAUGAUUAUUUAGUAUGGAGGUCUAAUGAAUAGCCAUGUAUGUAGGCAAUUUUUAAUGAUAUUCACUUUCAAAUUGUACCAA